AUGGAGAAGAAAAGGCGUAAAGAUGGCAAGGAGUUGCUACCCGACUUGAAUGAGGUCAAAGCGCAAAUCGGAAAAGAAAGAUUUGAUCAUAUUAAUAAUAAAUUCAAGUCGAGAGUCUUACCGAGUGUGACUGCUCAUGCUGCCCAUAAUCAUUUGCUUCCCUUAACCCGGCACAAUGGAAAGCGUAACAACGAAACAGCCAUCAAAAUGCUUUCUUCGAGAAUGGAACCUCUAGUCCAUCAUUUCAAUGAAAAUGAUGAUAUUUCUUAUGAAGAAGUUACAUUUAAAAUUCCUGAUGAAGAGGUUACCAAGCUUAUAUCUGUUAAACAGCUACCUCGAUCCCUUACCUGGGUUUUCACGGAUAGUAAUCAGCUAAUGGCUGCAAGUGAGUCUGUGAUUGGUAAGAAACAAUUCCAUUAUGUGGAUGGUGAGGCAGUGGAAUUGAGUCCUGACAAGAAAAAGUAUGAAGACGCCAAGAAACAAAAAAUGGAGUUUUCCAAAGAGGUUGAUCGGUUUAUAUGGAAGAUUGGUCAGAAAUAUAGUCUGGAUGAUCUGGUGGUGCAGAGGACUCUAUCCAAGUUCCUUGAACUGAAGGUUUCAGAUAUUUUGGAGAGAUACAAUAAGCUUAAGAAUGAUGGAGAUAUUGGUGAAAUUUCUGACAAAAGCAAAUUUAUUUCUGUUCCGGCAACUGCUGAUAAGCACUUUUGCCGUCGUUGCUUGAUAUUCGACUGUCAUCUUCAUGAAGAAUAUCAGCCUCUGCCUAGAGAAAACAAAUCUAAUUUGUUUGAGAGGGAAGAUGCUGAAAAACAAUGCAGUAAGCAUUGUUACCUUAAGCCAAGGAGUUUCAUAGAAGCUGAUCAUGUGGUGGAUAAUGAUAACUCUAUAUCAAACGAUAAAGGGAAUAAUGUGGUCACAGGUACAAACACAGAAACUUGGAGCCCUGUAGACAAGAAUCUUUACUUGCAAGGAGUUGAAAUCUUUGGGAGAAACAGUUGUCUUAUUACAAGAAACUUACUUUCCGGACAUAAGACGUGUUUAGAGGUUUACAAUUACAUGCGGGAGCAAGAUCAAACUCCAGAAAUAGACAAUCAGGUUAAUAAAGAGAUAUCUCGGAAAAAAACUAAGUUUGCCAGAAAAAGAGCCAAACUCAAAAAACAUGUUUGUUAUCCACCUGCUAUAAAAAAUUCAGCUAAGGAAUUAAAUAAGGAGUAUAAGCAGUACACACCAUGCACUUGCGAACCAGUAUGUGGAGAUCAAUGCCCUUGUUUAACUAGCGGAAAUGUCUGUGAGAAGUAUUGCGGGUGUCUAAAGACAUGCAAGAAUCGUUUUGGGGGAUGUAACUGUGCAAAGGGUCAAUGCAGUAACCGACAAUGUCCUUGCUUUUCUAUUUCUCGUGAAUGCGAUCCAGAUAUUUGUCGCAGUUGUUCGCUUAGCUGUGGAGAUGGCUCUCUCGGUGAGGCAUCACAGCCAAUCCAAUGCAUGAACAUGCGAUUCCUCCUUAAGAAACACAAGAAGAUUCUCCUUGCAAUGUCUGAUGUUCAUGGAUGGGGUGCAUUUACACGGCACUCUCUAAAGAAAAACGAGUUUCUCGGAGAAUAUACUGGCGAAUUGGUUUCUUAUGAGGAAGCAGAGGAACGUGGGAGAGCAGAAAGAAAGAAUGGUUUUUCCUAUCUCUUUACCUUGAAUGAUAAGAUCUGCAUUGAUGCUCGCCGUAAAGGGAACAAGCUUAAAUUUCUCAAUCACUCAUCAAAGCCAAACUGCUACGCCAAGUUGAUGGUCGUCAGAGGAGAUCAUAGGAUUGGUUUGUUUGCGGAUAAAAAUAUCGGGGAAGGUGAGGAGCUUUUCUUCCACUAUUGCUAUGGACCAGGACAUGCGGAUUGGUCUCAAUAGACGUGGAUCUGAGGAAACUAUGAUGCUAUUCUUUUUUACAAACAAAAAAAACACUAUAAUGCUAUUCUGCGUUACUACACCAAAUUUUUUUAACUAUCUUCUUUGUAUGUUUUAUAAGGUUUGUCUCUUUUGUCUCGUGUUUUUGAAACUCCUAAAUUUCCUUUGAUAUUACUCAAUUAAAACCUAAUUUUUUUAUGUUCGUUUUCUAGAACUUUGAAAGAAAAAGACUAUGAAUAAUUUACAUUUUGUAAUCAUCUUAUAGCCAAAUUGCAUCUAUGCUCAUAAUCAAAAACAAGUAUGCAUGUAUUUAUAUAUAAAAGACUUCUCUUAUGAAUUUAUAAUUCAAUAACAAUUAGCUAUGGAUAAACUGAUUCAGCAGCUACGUUUAUAUAAACUUAGGUAUUGAUUUGUUGAUAUAAAAAUUAUAUGGAUUUUGGUAAUAUAUGGAACAUGUUAUUUAGUCGAAAAAAACAACAAAGAAAAGUCUCGUGCGUCUAGCAUAACUGGUAACUAGAUUUUGACCCGCGCAGACGCGCGGGUGUAUAUUUUGAAAAAUAUGUUGAUAUUUGUUUUUCAUGUAAUUAUUAGGAUUUGGAAAAAUGAAUCCGAGGAACCUAACCGAUACCGAUCCAAAAAUAUAGUAUCAAACCCGAACAUAAAUUGAUUAAAUAUUCUAAUUAUUCAAAAUUUUGUUAU